UGAUGAUGGCAGAACCGGCAAGAGCGGCGCGCAACUAUCACAUUUUUAUAGUAGGUAUAUAUACCGAGCCUCAUUUGGCAACGGAACUGGGUUGUUUGUUGGUUGCAUACCAUCAGUCGACGCUUACCACCUCGGCUUACCCCUGGUCUAUGCUGCCUGAAAACAUACCUUGCCAGACCACCCGAUACCACCCAUUGAUAUAGAAGAAAAGAUUCAGAGAGUGAUAUUUGGUCACGAACUACAACCCGUGACGGUAAGCUUCGGCCGAACUGCUUAUGAUGGCAUGUUUCUGCCCAUGCCCCUGCCUCGACCGGCCCAGAGUCAUGUAGGUAGCCUCGUCGUAUAUGCGAGGGAAACAAAAGACCCGUCGGCGGCCUUCUUAACAAAUAUAAAAGGUAUCUUAUUUUAUUCAACUCGAGAGCAUACCUAGGCAAGAGGAUUGUCUAUCUACAUUCAUCUCUGUAGUAUCAACACUUACGGCUCACGCCACUAUCUUGUACCCAGUCUCUCACCUUUCCCACACUCUAUCAUUUCUCGUGUCUUAUUUACUUUAUAUCAAACGAGUCGCUACAUCCUAUCAGCAUGCUCUACUCUCGCCUAAUCAAGUUGGCUGCUGCCACCACCUUCCUCGCUGGCGGUGUUGCCGCGCAGUGCAACGACAGCGAAGGCCCCGAUCUACUCUGCUACAACGAGUCCUCCGGCGGCGUGUCCCAGGACGUGACCGAGGCAGACAUCAAAUACGUCGCGAGCUACCUGCGCUCGUACGGCGCGCAGACAAAGGCAGGGCGGCAGUUCACGAUGACGGCCGCAGACGCCCCCGACUGCGCGGAGUGGACGCUCUACGCGCACGGCACCGUUCUGGCGCUGGGGAAGCACCUCGAUAGCUCGCUCAACUCUAGCGUGCUAUUCUCCGACAUCGCCGACACCAUCGACGGCGGCGCCAGCGCCACGCCCGAGCAGCAGGCCGCGGCUAUCUACGGCUGCUCGACCGACGGCGGCUCGCGCGCCGUCGGCUACGAUCCCGCGAACCCGCAGUACAACACCGCGGCGUACCUCGCCAACGGCUACACACCUAAGGGCAUCCUCGUCAAGAUCGUGUCUUCGAACGCCCAGCUGGCGGCUGCGGUGCUGUAGGGAGGGGCUGGGUUAGGGGAUGGUGAUGUUGAAGAUAAGAAUAUUGAAGGAUGAUAUAGGUACUUAUGAAAGUAGAAAUAAAGCGAUGUGAUUGGGUAAUAUUUCCGAUGAAGAAUUAUU